CUGCAGUUACAGAAGCUUCCCCAGACGACGCACAGGAACCGGCUAUUCCUGCCUGUCUAGUACAAGGGAAUACAGGUACUUGAUUGUGUCUUAAAUAAGAGCUUCCCCUCUUCUUUCUCUUCUUUCUGAAUUCCAUUCCUCACAUCCAUCUACUCACCAUGAAUCCUCAUCCUCUUGCUCAGCUCUCCGAGUCGGAGACAAACACCGCUCGCGAUGUUGUCGUUGCUUCGCAUCCUAACACAGUUAUUGACUUUCGGGAGAUCUUCUUACUUGAACCUCCCAAGGCUCAGUUGCGUGAGUUCCUUGCGCUCGAACACUCUGGCCGCCUCAGUCCUACUACCCCGCGUCCUCCCCGUCUUGCCAUCUGUCAGUACGACAUAAUCGGUGCGGAUCGCAUUCCUUCUUUUAAUGAGUCCAUCGUCGAGAUUCCAUCGAGGAAGGUCACCAGCCACCGUGUCGUCGGCAAGCAGCACCAUGCUUCUUUGACUCUGAGCGAAUUCGAUACUCUAGUCGAGAGAUGCUUCGCAUCCCCUCUUUUUCAGAAGGCCUUGUCGGAGUUCACUCUCCCUGAAGGCUUCGAGGUCAUUAUCGAGCCCUGGCCAUACGGAGGACUGGACCACACAGACGAGAACCGGCGAUACUUCCAAGGUCUCUGCUUUGCACAGGACAAGCGAAAGAACAACCCCGACGCCAACUUCUACUCUUACCCACUGCCCUUGAUCCCCGUCAUGGAUGCUCACACUCAGGAAAUCAUCCGUGUCGAUCGUCCGGCUACCGGUGGUAAGGGCGAGGGUCUGUUUGACCAGACUUUCAAGCGCGAUAUUAUCGGCCACUGCAAGGCGUCGGACUACGUGCCAGAGCUGCUCCCUGAGGGGACGAGAAAGGAUUUGAAACCGUUGAAUAUUGUGCAGCCGGAGGGUCCUUCGUUUCGGGUUACGAAUGAGUCGCUGGUUGAGUGGCAGAAGUGGAGUUUCCGGGUUGGCUUUAAUCCUCGUGAGGGUGCUACUAUUCACGAUGUGUGGUAUGAUGGCCGCAGUAUCAUGCAUCGGUUGAGUGUUAGUGAGAUGACUGUUCCAUACGCCGACCCUCGUCCUCCGUUCCAUCGCAAACAGGCUUUCGAUUUCGGUGACGGUGGUGGUGGAAACAUGGCCAACAACCUCUCCAUUGGAUGUGACUGUCUGGGUGUUAUCAAGUACUUUGAUGCCAUCAUGACUGGACCUGAUGGCACAGCCCAGAAACUCCCCAAUGCUAUCUGCUUGCAUGAACAAGACAAUGGCAUUGCCUGGAAACACUCCAACUGGCGCACUGGCCGCGCAGUCGUUACUCGCCACCGCGAACUCGUGGUUCAAUUCAUCAUCACCCUGGCUAACUACGAGUACAUCUUCGCCUACAAGUUUGACCAGUCCGGUGGCAUGACAGUCGAAGCCCGCGCGACUGGUAUUCUGAACGUGGUCAACAUCGACGCCGGAAAGACCAGUGAUUACGGAAACGUGGUCAGCGGCGGUGUCCUGGCCCAGAACCACCAGCAUAUCUUCUGUCUGCGUAUGGACCCCGCCGUCGAUGGACCUAACAACUCCGUCGUGAUUGAAGAGUCACACCGUCAGCCCAUGAACGCUGCCACCAACCCCAACGGUAACUUCUACAAGGUCACAAACCAAACAGUGGAGCGUGCGUCCUGGCUGGAUGCGGCUCCCGAGCUCAAUCGGGUUGUCAAGAUCAUCAACCCCCACAAGACAAACCCUAUAAGCGGCCACAAUGUUGCUUACAAGUUCACUCCUCUCGCAACACAAUUGUUGCUUGCGGAUCCCGACUCGGUCCAAGCCCGUCGGGCACAAUUUGCCCAGCACCACGUCUGGGUGACAAAACACCGUGACGGUGAGCUCUACGCCGGUGGUCGCUACACGCUCCAAAGUCAGCAGGAGGUCGAGGGUGUCUCUGACGCCGUCAAACGAGGAGACUCGGUUGUUGAUACCGAUGUCGUCGUCUGGAACAGCUUUGGCAUUACACACAAUCCCCGAGUGGAGGAUUGGCCCGUCAUGCCCGUUGAAACCUUCCAGGUCAUGAUCCGUCCAUCCGACUUCUUCACGGCCAAUCCAUCGCUGGACGUGCCCUCGAACCAGAACGGCGCAUCGCGGGUGGUCCAGUCGGAAUGCUGCCGAAACGCUCAACUCUAACGAUUGAAAUAGAGUGUAUUUAGUUGUAUAUAUAAUGAAUUUCUUAUGUUUUGGUUUGCAUAUGAAUUUACUAUUUUAAUUUGCCAGAAUUACUUACGAAAUUGGAUUAUUCCAUAUUCAAUGUGCUCGCAUCGCACGGUUCCUCCCGUAUAUACAGGCUGGAUUUCAGAAAGAGCUCUUCUAUAUGGGUCGGCUAUAGAUCAAAUACCUAGCUACUGUGGAAUUGCGAUUGAUGGCAAAUGGGACUUGUAUAUAUAUAUGGC